AUGGAGUGUAUUAGCACCAGAGUGCCAUAUGCAAAAUGGCGUCUCAAUACCUUUCGAGAAUUGCUACGCACCUCACAGCCUUUGACCGCCCAUGCACGAAGCAUCUCGACCUCGCGACAGAACAAUAUGAGUGAGACGACGCCAAAAGAAUCCAGCGACACAUCUGAUCCCAAUACAAUUCCACCAUCUCAACGCCUCCCACAAUCACCGUUGAUUGCACACCCUCGUCCUUCGCGUCAGAAAAGUCGCAAGAUGCGCCCCACGUUCGAGCACACAUCGGCACUGAGCAAGAAUCCUUGGGCAGUCGCACUGGCAUCACCGACCCGUAUGUGCACUAUAACCGGGGCAAGGCUUCCAUCAGACCUCCUCGGCACCUGGGGUUUGGUGCGACAGCCCGGAACCGCCCUGUCAUAUAUGUUGCCUGUGGGCCUAAUGCAAGACUCUUUGGCGAACAAAGCCCCUGAUUCCAGCGCAAUGGAACCAGAGCUCCCAACCCCAGACGAUGAGGAAUCGGCUGCUGAGUUCGCGCCGCCUCCAAUUCGAAACAACCGGCCUGGACGCCAACUUGUCCUCCGUUUCACCGAGCUGCUCCCUCUCAUCAAAUCCAUUACAGUGCCACUGUCAAAGAAGGGUGGAAAGAAGCCACCGGUAAUGAGAUUGGUACCAUUCCGGUGGAAGCAUCCCCAAGGGCCUGUGAAGCCGACCGAUGAGAAGGACCUCCUCUGGCUUGAAAAUACCCCAGAAAUUUUACUGCGAAGUAUGCAAAGUGAUGUUUGCAAAAAGCUAGGCGCAGUACUUGGAAAAUACAAACGUGUCGAUGUCCCAAAUGGGGUCUGGAGAAAUCUUGAGAUGCCGCAGUACUCGAAUUCUACUCUCGAGGAGGCUUUGGGGAAGCUGGAAACCUUUGAGCGCAUGGAAUGUGGUGCUGUAUUGCUACUCGGCUCUAAGGGCACCACAACUGAUGCAGGAAGCACUCAAGCAGAAAGUGCUUUGGACUCGAUUACUCUUCCACAGACCGGCUUCACUGUCCCAGUGUUUGAUUUGACAACCCUCCUUGCAGAAUCUGAUUUGAGCACUCUCCGUGAAUCCCAUGCCCAACUUGAGCCCAGCGCUGUGUUCUUCAGACCCGACGACAAAGCGGGCAUCACUGCGAUGAUAUCACUCUGGAAGAUCAAACGCCUACUUGCUGAGAUCGAUUUAUAA